CUUUCACAACUGCCUGCCCUCUUCCCAAGUUCUUACAAUUGAUUCGCCAGCUUGUUCGCUCUUUUAUUACUUGCGCCAAAAUUGAACAUGACAUCACGUAUGUGGUUCUCCGCAUGGAUGGAUGGAGCCCACGCUGGUCAUGUCAGGCUCCGGUGUCCUUGGUCUUAGCGCUGAGCGGUACCUGCAUCUGAUAUUCUCACCAUCAGUGUUGCAGGGGUCAGGGCGUGUCUUUUGCUCUCCCUCCAGCAGUGCAGUGGACAGGACUCGUACGCGGACAUGAGUCGCCUAAUGUACUUCAUUAUCGUUUCUCUGAUGGCUGUCACUCUUGCAUCGGCUUCAACAAUAGUCCCGCGCGGGCCCCAGACUAAUGCAACUUGCACCAGUGAUUAUGAUUGGACUGACAACGAAUCAGGUUUGAGUCCUUGUCUGCUGGCGUCGUAUUUGUUGGGAUCCUGUUUGACUGGUGAUUACGGCGUAUGGUCUUUACCGGCCGACUCUCAUUAUGACCCUCCGAAUGUCGGUACCAUGUCGUCGACUCCAUGCUCAUGUUCUUGGUCCGUUUAUAACCUCUUAAGUGCUUGCACGGUAUGCCAAGGCAAUGUGAAUUCCGUUCUGAGCUGGGCCUACUACAAAGCAGAAUGCCCGGACAACGACUUGUCCACGACAACGUUCUAUCCUUACGAUAAAGGUUAUGAACUUCCUGAACCGGCUUCUAUUCCGUACUGGGCCGCCCAAAAUCCGCUGAAUUGGCCUGAUGGGAGUUUUGAUUCCUCGGAUGCCAAAGACCUGUCUUCUCAAGAUCAUCCUGAUCUUACUUCAGAUAAUGGCACCGCCAAUAAUAAUGGCUCUUCCACUCCCGUCGGUCCCAUCGUCGGAGGCGUUGUGGGCGGUGUGGGCGUCCUAGCUCUCUCAGCCCUUAUUGCUUUCUUCCUUUUCCGACGCCAUCGUCGACGUGGAUCUACUACUAAAAGUGCAGAUCGAACCAGUGGACAGGCAAACGGGGACACACGCUCUACAAUGCAUCUCCGGUCCAACUCAGCGAUGACCCAGAUCUCCGUCCCUACCUCAUUCCACUCCAGCGGUGUAGUCAACAUGAUGAACCACUCACCUCCACUGAGCUCUCAAAGCCCAACCAGACCGACAUUGCACUCACGUUCGAGUUCCAGCGACGUGGGAAGCCAUGCAUCGUACUUUGGCUCCAUCCACGGAACGUCCGCGCUCAUGUCUCCCACCACUGCGGAGUCACAGAGGAUGUCAGUGAAUCUGGAGGACAUCAUCACGCCUUUCACUGGCUCCCUCUCGGAUCGUGGAACGGCGGCGUAUCACAUCGAUGCGACUUCAAUGUCGUCAGCGUCGCAUGACACUGGUAGCAACGACGGAAGUGUGGGUCUCCCCGGGCAUAAUUCAAACAACAAUCCGCGCAUGAACCCGCCAGCAUACAGCCGGUAUCCCAACCAAAUUCAUCAGGCGCUGGAAGAAGCGCCGCCGGUGAGUACCGGGAAGGAAGGGAUGCAGGUCCAGAACCCAGUGGGGAGUCGGCCUCAUUCCGUAGUUCCGCCGCCGCCGCCUAGUGACACUGUCUUUGACGUCUCUAGGAUAGCUUGAUAUAUUUCACUUUUUGUGGAUAUUGCAGGGCUGAUCGCCAAGCAUAUCUAUAUGUGGUGCUCGUGCAGGCCCGCAGAGUGUACUUAUAUGCGUAUAUUAAAAAUGGAAGGAUUAUUCGCGAUGUAGACUAGAAUUUUGCCUGACUAGCGUGUAUAUUGUGCGAAGAGGGUCGUCGUGAAAUUAUUUUUCUUCACAGG